AUUUUUCUUCCCCCCCAGUGAGUGUUUUCACUCACCUUUUUGCAUUCUCUCUACUCUGAGAAGCACACAGAGAGAGGGAGAGAGAGAGAGAGAGAGAUUUGGGCCAUGGCGAUACGAAGGGUGUUAUCACUCUCUCGGUCCUUAGCUGCUUCUUCUGCUUCUGCAGCUUCGUUACUCUCUCCGGGCAGAAAUCCAAGCUGGGGCAGAGACAUCUCUCGGUUUAGCACUGCUGCUUUGACUGAAGAAGAAGUAAUCAUUCCUCCUGUUCAAGUAGAACAUACCCAGCUGUUAAUCAAUGGGCAAUUUGUGGAUGCAGCAUCUGGGAGAACAUUUCCAACCUUCGAUCCAAGAUCAGGAGACCUGAUUACUCAUGUUGCUGAAGGUGAUGAGGAAGAUAUAAACCGUGCUGUCUUUGCUGCUCGAGAGGCAUUUGAUGAUGGACCAUGGCCAAGGAUGACCGCAUAUGAAAGAUCAAAGAUAAUAUACCGCUUUGCUGACUUACUUGAAAAGCACAAUGAUGAAAUAGCAGCACUUGAGACCUGGGAUAGUGGAAAGCCUUAUGAGCACACUGCAAAUGUUGAAAUACCAAAGAUGACACGUCUCUUUCGAUACUUUGCUGGUUGGGCAGACAAGAUUCAUGGUCUCACAGUCCCAGCUGAUGGACCAUACCAUGUUCAAACCCUGCAUGAACCAAUUGGUGUUGCUGGGCAGAUUAUUCCAUGGAACUUUCCUCUUAUGAUGUAUGCUUGGAAAGUUGGGCCAGCACUAGCAUGCGGUAACACUGUUGUGUUGAAGACUGCAGAGCAUACACCAUUAUCUGCUCUCUAUGUAUCAAAGUUAUUCCAUGAGGCUGGUCUUCCUCCAGGUGUUUUAAAUAUAAUUUCUGGAUUUGGUCCAACUGCUGGUGCAGCUCUCGCCAGUCAUAUGGAUGUGGACAAGAUUGCCUUCACAGGAUCAACUGGUACUGGUAAGAUUAUACUUGAAUUAGCUUCAAAAAGCAAUCUUAAGGCAGUGACAUUAGAGCUCGGAGGGAAAUCCCCUUUCAUUGUAUGUGAGGAUGCUGAUAUUGAUAAGGCUGUUGAACUUGCUCACUCGGCUGUGUUCUUUAAUCAGGGACAAUGUUGUUGUGCUGGGUCUCGUACAUUUGUUCAUGAACGCGUAUAUGAUGAGUUCAUAGAGAAAUCCAAGGCACGUGCUAUGAGACGUAUCGUUGGUGAUCCCUUCAAGAAGGGUGUAGAACAAGGUCCUCAGAUUGACAAAGCGCAGUUUGAGAAGAUCCUAAGUUGCAUAAGGUCUGGCAUUGAAAGUGGUGCUACCCUUGAAACUGGGGGUGAAAGGUUCGGUACCAAAGGCUACUUUAUUCAGCCCACCGUUUUCUCAGAUGUCCAGGAUGACAUGGCAAUUGCCACUGAGGAGAUCUUUGGCCCAGUGCAGUCCAUCUUGAAAUUCAAAGACCUUGAUGAUGUGAUCCAAAGGGCAAACAAAUCUCGGUAUGGACUGGCUGCAGGAGUCUUCACUAACAACAUAGAGACCGCCAAUACCUUGAUGCGUUCAUUGAGAGUUGGGACAGUAUGGAUUAAUUGUUAUUUUGUCUUUGAUGCCGCAAUUCCUUUUGGUGGGUACAAGAUGAGUGGAAAGGGCAGAGAGAAGGGAGCCUAUUGCUUAAACAACUACUUACAGGUGAAAGCCGUUGUGUCCCCGUUGAAGAAUCCAGCCUGGUUAUGAUCUACCUCCUGAUGUUGUCCCAUGCCUCUGCUUAUAAUAAUGCUAAGAGGCAUGCAUCUUUGUAUUGAAAACUACAUGCUUCUGUAGUUGAGUAUAUUAGCAAUCUACCUAUAUGAAUUCUGUUGCUAAGAGCCCUUGUGCAAAUAAAAUCAUUUCUGCCAGAGCUUCAAGUUAAAAAUCAUAUUCAGAAUCCAUGGUUGAACCCACAUUGUGUAGUGUCUUGGGGAGUUUUCGCACAAAUGACUUGACUUGAGCAAGGGCCCUCUGCAACAUAAUCCAUCCCAGCGAUGAAAUAGGAACUCUCUUGCCUCUAAUUA